AUGUCGGCCAACCACGUUGACGAGCCAGAAGUCCUAUGGCGGCCGCCAAAGGGCAAAUUGUACCCAAUGGACCGAUACCGCCUACACGUCAACAAGAGAUAUGGACAAGAUCUAAAAGACACCAAACAACUUCACAAAUGGUCUGUUACGCGACCACAUGACUUUUGGAUUGAUCUAUACGGCUACCUUGGUCUUGUUCCACCAUUGCCACCCAGCAUGAAGAAAGCAUAUGACGACAGUAUCCCAAUGAGCCAUGUUCCACCCUUCUUCCCAGGGCAUGAGAUCAACUAUGCCGAAAAUGUUCUGUUUGCCAAUACCGACCCAGACGCCGUCGCCUUGAUCGGCAUAAGGGAGGACCAGGACAUUUACAACGGCAAGCCCGAAGUCAUCACCUGGCGCGGAUUUCGAGAAAGAGUCAGACAAACAGCAAGCGCUCUGAAGCGGUGCGGCGUCAAGCAAGGCGAUCGAGUUGGCGCCCUGGUCGCGGCAUCAAACUGGGCUGUCAUCCUGUUUCAUGCCGCCGCCACCAUCGGAGCAAUCUUCACUUCGAUCAGUCCCGAGUUGGGAGUGGAAGGAUGCGUCUCGAGGCUACAGCAGGUCACACCAAGUAUCCUCUUCGUCGACAGCGACGUGGUAUACAAGGGCAAAACCGUCUCGACGAAACAAAAGCUCGACGAGAUUCUUUCGAAGCUCAAAGUCAAAGUCCAACCUCUUGUUUUCCUUGUGCCUGUCACCACGGCACCAUCAAAGUUUCCGACGAUACACGACUUUCUGCAAAAGUCAGUCGACUCCGACGAGCUCAAAUUCACACGUGUGCCGUUCAACUCCCCUCUCAUGAUAUGUUACUCGUCAGGAACGACAGGCGCGCCCAAAUGCAUUGUGCAUCAGCACGGGUUGAUCAUCCAGCUGAAGAAAAUCUCCGUCCUUCACAACUCCUUGGUGCCCGGCGAUGUCAUCAUGCAAUACUCGAGUACUUCCUGGGUAGUGUUCUAUAUCAUGUGCGGCCACUUGUCGGCGGGGGCAACGCUCGUGGUGUACAAUGGCAGUCCGUUGUUUCCGGACGCCAAGCAGCUUCUUCGAAUCUGCGAAAGGCACAAAGUUGCAUUCCUGGGUGCUUCUCCACGACUCCUGCUGGAGAUUGAAAUGUCCAAAACGAUCCCGAAGAAGGAGUUCGACCUGUCCACUUUGAGAAUGGUCUAUACCACAGGCGCCCCCUUGUCACCCGAGCAGUAUAAAUGGUUUUACCGAACCUUUCCACCCUCAGUACAUAUCUGCAAUACAGCAGGAGGCACGGACACAGCGACGUCGCUGCUCGCCCUAGAUCCGUCGGGACCAGUUUACACGGGUGAGAUGCAAGUUCCUGGCCUAGGUAUGGAUGUCGAUAUUUUGGAUCCCAUCACGGGAAAAUCAAUCGCGCACACGGGAGAGGCCGGAGAGAUGGUGGUGAGCAAGCCGUUCCCUAGCAUGCCGUGCUUCUUCUGGGGCGACAAGGACGGCAAAAUAUACAAGGCUGCAUAUUUCGAACGGUUUCCCGACCUCGAUGUCUGGGCCCAGCAUGACUGGUUGAGUAAGAAUCCAAAGACGGGAGGCUAUACGAUGCACGGCCGGAGUGAUGGCGUUUUAAACCCGUCCGGUAUUCGUUUUGGGAGUGGCGAGAUCUAUGCCAUUGUCGAAGCAGAGCCUUUUACCGAGUAUAUCAGCAACAGUCUGUGCGUGGGUCGUCGAAGACCUCAGGAUCCUGACGAGGAAGUGUUCCUGUUUCUGGUCAUGAAGCCAGGCCACAGUCUGACUGAAGAGCUGCGAGCGCGCAUCAAGGCCGCAAUCCGUAACGGUCUGUCGCCUCGACAUGUCCCCAAAUUCGUCCUCGCGGUUCCUGAUAUCCCUGUGACGAUUAAUGGCAAGAAAGUCGAGAUUGCGGUCAAGAAUGUCAUUAGUGGGAAAGACGUGACACCUAGUGCGACGGUGCAGAAUCCAGAUUCGAUCGCCUAUUUCAGACGCUUCCGCGAUCUUGACAGAGAGCCCAAGGCUGCAAGGCUAUAG